GAUUGUUCCACAUUUUUGCGUACCUAAUUUAUCCGACGGCUCCUUCCUCAAAACUCUCUUUCCGUCGUCGCCUCUCUUCUCCGCCGAUCAUCUCUCCCGCCCUAAUUCCCUCGAUUUCAUGGCGAAUCCGAUUCAGCCUCCUCUGAUCCAUCUCCUCUUGGCUCUGCUUUUCGUCUCGUCAACGAUCGCAACCUCCGAUGUUCCAUUCAUUGUCGCGCACAAGAAGGCGUCCCUCACUCGCCUUAAAUCCGGCGUCGAACGCGUCUCGGUCUCAAUCGACAUUUACAAUCGGGGAUCUUCGACUGCAUAUGAUGCAAGUCUGAACGAUGCAAGCUGGCCAGAAGAUAUGUUUGAUAUUGUGAGUGGCGAGACUUCCAAAUCGUGGGAAAGACUUGAUGCUGGUGGUCAUAUAUCUCAUUCAUUUGAAUUAGAAGCCAAAACAAAAGGAUUGUUUCAUGGUUCACCAGCUAUUAUCACAUUCCGUGUCCCUACGAAGUCUGCUCUACAGGAGGCCUUAUCAACCCCAAUUUUACCUUUGGAUAUCCUCGCUGACAAGCCACCAGAGAAGAAGUUAGAGUGGGUUAAGAGGCUGCUUGCAAAGUACGGCUCCCUGAUCUCGGUGAUCUCCAUUGUCGUUCUCUUCAUCUAUCUUGUGGCUAGCCCAUCGAAAUCUGCUGCAAAAGGAAGCAAGAAGAAGCGUUAAUUGAAGAAUGGGAAGAAGAGAUAGGUUUAACUGUGUUUUACCCAAACUGAGGAUGAUAUGUUUGGCUGAUGAUAUAUUUUGUUGGGUUAGGAAAGGGUACAGAAACUUUUUUCAGAUGAUAGUUUUUCUUCACCCCUAAUGAAAGUAGAGCUGGAGGAAACAGAGUUAAUUAUAGACACGCACGAGAGUUACUCAAAACAAAUGGUGCAGUAGUUGUUGAGUUGUUGGUUUAAGUUAUUUCGGAUUUGUUCAUCAUAUUGCUGAGUUGUUUCUUCUUUCUUAGCCAUGAAUCUCAUCUUCAUUUUCUUUGCCUUC